AUGGCCAAACAGCCUGGGCCGCCCGUUUCAGACCCAAUCCAGCGGGUUGGCGGACCUAUAUAUAUGGGCCCAAAACCGACUUGGCAGAAGCAAUGGGCCGGUACCAAAAACUACUUGUCCCGUGGAGAAGCUCAGCAUGUAGAAUGGAGUAAGAUCCAGACACCAACUGAUGAGGUUGUGGUGCCUUAUGAUACCCUGGCCCCUGUACCUGAAGAUGCUGCUGAGACCAAAAAGCUUCUGGACAAACUUGUGGUGUUAAAGCUCAAUGGAGGCUUGGGAACUACAAUGGGCUGUACUGGACCAAAGUCUGUUGUUGAAGUUCGUAAUGGUCUUACGUUUCUUGAUUUAAUCAUAAUUCAGAUUGAGACACUCAAUGCCAAGUAUGGGUGCAAUGUGUCGCUGCUUUUAGUGAACUCAUUUUACACUCAUGAUGAUACAUUAAAGAUUGUUGAAAAGUAUGCCAAGUCAAAUAUUGACAUUCACACAUUUAACCAGAGCCAAUACCCUCGUCUUGUUGUUGAAGAUUUCAAGCCACUUCCAUCCAAAGGAAACACUAGCAAAGAUGGAUGGGCAAAGAAUAUGUCUUUGUGGCCACCUCAGAUAACUCGGGUGCUGUUGUUGAUUUGA